AGACUGGAAUGUUAAUUUGAGGGCGACAUGAAGUUAAAGAUCAAGCUCAUCCUCCUUCAUCGUCUGGAGUCGAUGUGAAAUUAAACAGUCAGAACGAUAACUUAAAAGAAAGAGAAAAUCCUGAGUCGCUCUCGCUCAUAUCUGAUUUGAGGUUCAUCUUGGGAAGACGACGCAAAAUCUCGUCGCGGAAAGAGGCUUUGAUGAAUGCGAACUUCUCGAUUGGGGGGAAGUUCAUUGGGUAACCGAGACCCGCUAUAUUAUAGCCCAUUAAAGCAAAAAAGCCCACGAAAGUAAAAGUCCGUUCAUUCUUCCUUCCUGCCUUCCUUCCUUCUUCUAGGGUUUUGGAAUUGGAGUUGCGGAGCGGCAGAGCAGAAGAGAAUGGCCAAGUUCAACGAGGUGCAGAAGAGGAGGAGGGCGCUGGCAGGGGAGAGGAAGAGGGCGGUGCACGGAGACGCGUUGACCGGGAAGCUCAAGAAUAGGCAGCAACCUCUCUCCAUCUCCGGCAAGCGCAAGCGCAAGCUCUUCAAGCAAUGGCGCAGGGAACAAAAGGAGGCGCUGCAGAAGGGGCUCGUCACCAUGCAAGACGUGGAGAUGGCCGUGGCCGAAGGCGAAACGGGCACUUCGGAGGAGACCAGCAAAACUCCAAAAAGGUUUCAUGUGAAGAAGAGCUUGAAGCUUAAGCAAUUAAAGCGUGGAGGUAGGGGAAAUAAGAAGCAGAGCAAGGCUAAGUCAGCAACUGAAGCUCCUCCACUUGAUUCCAUGGUGGAGUAGGGCGGCCGAGAUGAUUCAGAAAGAAACAAAAAGGAGGAAGAAGAAGAAGAAGAGAACAGAGUGUAGAGUAGAUGGGAUUUCCAGAACCCGAGCUGGGGAACCGAUUAAAAUGUAGAGCAGCUUGACCGGGACGGAUGCAAGAUGCAAGUGCACCUCUCCAUUUGAUUCGGCCUCGUGCAUUUACGAGCCUUGCUAUCUAGUUCUUAUGAAUGAAUACAAUGCCGUUUUCUUUUUUGGGUUUACCAUUGACCAUUGCACUUCUUUACAAUGCGGGCAUCUUGUUAGGAGUAAUGUAUUGCAUCUGGUUUCGCUU